AUGUACUCGGAUAUCCGCUACUCAUGGUCCCUAGCUCGUAAAGGCCUACUGCGGGUGGCCGCCAAACUGGAUUACUUCAAUCGCAUAAAGGGUGCAAUCGACGACCGCAUCAAAGAGGAACAAGCAAGACAGGUAAAGGCUCAGCAGGCCACACGAGCACCGAGACGUCGACCCCAACCUCAAGAUGGCUCUCCUGCCACGCUCCAACCACGACAGAGGGAUGUGUCCGUCACACCAGGCGGCAAGAGUCCCGAUCCUGCAGACUUUACGAUACGUGACGACGAUAGCGCACUGGCGAUAACCCCUCUACCGCAAGCAGAAGGCGUGGGUGGUGUGACAGAAGAAACCGCUAAUGGCGAGGAUGACGGGAAGGAGCAGUCAACCAGCACACAACCGCAGAGAGACGGAAGCGAAGGCGAUGCAGAGAAACCUGCCGUCGUCUUGCAGGAUCUGCCACUUGAGGUGAAACAGAAAUUGCGCAGACUCGACAAGCUCGAAUCGAAGUACGGCGAAUUGCUCAGAGCCUACCGUGCUGCUCAUGCUCGCGUGCAGACCAUAGAGCCAUUUGAAGCGACUUUGAGGGAGAACACACCUCUCACCAGCAUUGCAGAGCCAUCUGCGCUGUCCGAAUACCUGACUCAAAUCAAUAUAAAGAGUGGUAUGGUACUGGAAGAGCUCAAGCGUGUUUCGGCAGAACGAGAUGACUUCAAGAGGAAAUCAGAAUCCUGCGAGGCAGAUAACAGGGGGUUGGACGCAAGUAUCGAGGAUUUGAAAAAGCAGUUACAAGCACGGUCGCAGACAAUUUCGCCAGUAAUCGAAUCAGCUGAACCGUCAGCUACUGCAAAGGAAGAACCUCCAUCAAUCACAUCACCUAAAUCUCGCAUCUCAAGUUUGUCCAUAUUUUCUCCUAAGAGCAAACCCAGCAUCGACGACUCUAAAGACAAGGACGUGAACGAGGAUCUGUUCUCUUUUGACUCAGAGGUCCCCAAACUCGAAGCACAGCUAAAGGAGAAAACAGAACAAGUCGACCAGCUUACCACUCAGGUAAGCAACCUGAAGAAUGACUUGAAAGUCGCGCGAGAGUCCACCGAGGGUAUGGUACAGACUCUUGAAGAUACAUCGCGAGAGCUCAACACUUUGCGGGAGACCAAAGACAAGUUCGAGGCGACGGAAAAGGAACUAAACAGACGCAUCGAAGACCUUGAAGCCCAGCAAACCACUGCCGCAGAGAACAGUGAAAAUUUACAAGUACUUUCGUCAGUACGUGAGGAGCUACAGCAGACUCAAACGUCGCUAUCAGAGGCCCAUAAGCGUAUCGAGGUACUCGAAGAGGAAAAUCGUUCCACGUCAGAGAGAUUGGUCGAUACUGCUAAAGAGGUCGAAACCCUGGAGGGGAAAAUGAUUGACUACAACAAAUCAAUCGAGAUGUUGAACGAGAAGGUCGAGCAGAAAGACAAUGCUAACAAGGACCUCGAAGACUCCUUAGCAUUCAUGCGAACGGCUGAACAAGAACACGAGAAGACUUCUGAGGAGCUUAAGCAGACUAGAAGGAAAAUUGAUACUAUGCAAGGCCUUAUGGAAAACCUGCGUGGACAGCUCAGUAAAGCAGAAGAGAAAGUCACUGGCCUGGAGGACAGGGUUGCAACCAACCAAAAUACAGCACCAUCAAAUGCCUCCGGCUCUAUGACAGCAGUUGCGAACAGUAUAGACGCACAAGAGGAGACUAAUACUAAUGCUAAGAAGAAAAAUAAGAAAAAGAAGAAGGGCAAAGGAGCCGUAGCAACACCGGUUGAGCCUAAUGGCCAAGCAUCGGUCGAAGUAGCAGCCGACGAGAAGGGGAAGGAUGACGAUGGCCAAGCUUCUGCCCAAGAAAUACCGAAUACCAUAUCCGACCUGGAAAGCAAAACUGUGAGCUUGGAAGAGCAGGUGAAUGACAAGAACAAGGCUAUUGACCAGCUGUCUGCCAAGCUAAAAGAUCAAGAAGCGCUUCAAGAGGAGAUCGAGACUCUCCGGGAUGACCUACUUCACCAAGGUGAGGAACAUGUUGAGGCCAGGGACGCAUUAAAGACUGUGCAAGCCGAGCGUCAGAAGUUGCAAGAAAGCGUGGGCAGGCUUCAAGGAGAACUGAGAGAAGCGCAGAAGCAAGCUAAUAGCUCAACGGAUGUUGCGGCUGAACACCAGAAAACGUUGCAGGAGCUAGAGAGGAGGUCUAAUGCAUAUACAGAAGCCCUAACUCAAGUAGAAGACUGGAAAGCCAAGGCCGAGAAUUUGCAAGGACAACUAUCAUCCGCCGAGCAGCUAGCAGCGAGUCGAUUCAAAGAUAUUACAGACCUCAAAGACUUACUGGGUAAAGCACAGCCAGAACUUAGGAGUUUGCGGAAGCAGGCAGAGGAACUGAAAGAAGCACAGGAACAACUUAAGAACAAGACUGGCGAGUUCACGCGCCUUGAAGGCAAGCACGACGAGCUGAGAAUCGAGCUUAAGAACCUCGGUAAGCGCCUCAGCAGUCAAGAUGCAGAAAUAAAGAGCUUGCAGUCGAGAGUCGAGACGGAAACUGGAUUACGCGAACGAGCGGAAGGAGAGAUACAAGCAAAGGAGUCCGAAUUGCGUUCUGCCGAAGCUCGUCGAAAUGGUGCUGUGGAGUUACACGAAACGGCCAAACAAGACCUCACCAAAGCUCGGGAAGAAACCCAAUCCCUACACGUCAGAUUGCGUGAACUUAAUGAGCGACUAAGCAGUCACGAACGACAAAUAUCGAGCCUCAGGGAAGAGGUAUCCUUGAAGACUUCUCUCCACGCUUCUUCGCAAUCGUUAGUGCAAUCACUACGUGAUCAAAUGCACGAACUCAGUGUACAAACACGUGAAGUUACAAGCAGAUCCGAGAGCAUGGAGGAGGAGUUAGCUGAAGCCCAAAGGAUGCUUUCAGAGCGUACUCGUGAAGGCCAAACCAUGCGCAUGUUACUCAACCAAGCAGAAUCGAGUACAGAAGCCAGGAUACGUGAAAUGAAGGAACGCAUGGACUCGGCCGUCGAAGAAAGAGAUCGGGUAGAGGAUGAACAUAGCGUCAGUUCGCGCAGAAUGUCGCGAGAAGUAGAAGAUGCAAAGAAUAAAGCGAGGGAAGCUCAGCGGCAGUUGAAGAUUCUUGAAGCUGAGAAGGAAGACCUCGAGAAUCGUAGUAGAGAAUGGCGCAAGCUUCGCGAGGACCUCGAGUAUGCGACAAAGGCUGCGGAACGAGAAGCAGAAGAAACGCGGAUUGCUAUGAAGGCACUUCGUGAUGUUAUGGACGACUCCGAGAAACAAAUUCGAGAAGUUGAAGCACAGAGAGGAGACCUAAGACGUCAAGUCGAGGAAGCAACUCAGCGCAUCGAAAAGCUCAGUAGAGCUAACAAGAAUCUUACCGAAGAAAUCAAGAGUCUCCACUUACGGACAGGUGCUAGGCCCACCACACGCCCAGGCAUUGACAGUGGGCUGCAGUCGUCGCGUACAAGCAUAGACUCUUCUUCAGCACGAUCACCACUGCCUGUAUCACGAGCGGGACUAUCGUCUACAACCUCAUUGCCAAGAUCCGAGACGCCUACAGGACAACCAGGAACUGGUGGAGGUCUCAGUCAGGGUACUGUUGACUAUGUGUAUUUGAAGAACGUGUUGUUGCAGUUUUUGAGCCAAAAGGACAAGGGGCAUCAGCGGCAGCUUGUACCUGUAUUGGGGAUGUUGCUGCAUUUUGACGAACAGGAUCAGCAGAGAUGGAAUGCUGUGAUAAGUGCUCGGUAG